CCUCCGAGAACUACACCGCACAAAAAACUACAACUCCCAGAAUGCAAACAACAACAAAUAUGGCGGAGUAACUUACUGUUGAAGAUGUUGGUUUGGCGCGUUUCUGUGGCCGCUGUUCGCGGUUUAAACGGAUUUGGUCUCGGACGCGGCGCCGGAGUUACAGAAGCGGUUUCUCCGCAGAAGAGAUGCAAGAGCGAUGCGGUGAACGGACACGAAGAGCAGAAGGUGCUAAAAUUCGCCAAGCUGACAGAAAACGCCACGACACCGAGCCGAGGAUCGAACCAAGCCGCGGGAUUCGACCUGUACAGUGCAUACGACUACAGCAUCGAGCCGAUGGACAAAGCUCUGGUCAAGACGGACAUCCAGAUCGCGGUUCCACACGGAUACUACGGCCGAGUCGCUCCUCGCUCGGGUCUCGCCGUGAAGCACUUCAUCGAUGUUGGCGCUGGCGUGGUUGAUGAGGACUACAGAGGGAAUCUGGGAGUCGUGCUCUUCAACUUCAACAAAGAGCCGUUUGAAGUGAAGAAAGGCGACCGCAUCGCUCAGCUGAUCUGUGAGAGAAUCUGUUACCCGGAGCUGCAGGAGUUACAGACGCUGGACGAGACGGAGAGAGGAGCGGGAGGCUUUGGCUCCACCGGCACCAACUGAAUCUGUUACUGUGUUAAAUGUAAUAACAUUUAUACUGUAAUGCUGUGAAACUAUUUCAUGUUCAUUUUUUUUUUAUUUGCGAUUAUCGAAAUAGUUCUUUGUUUAAAAAAAAAAACAUGCACAUAAAUGUAGAAAGUUUUGCUGUUAAUUAACAAGUAGUUUUUCGUGCUGUUGCUCUUUUAAUGUUAUGCUACAGUUUUUGUACAUUCUGGUCAUUUUGACCUGGAGAGGAUUUUCUUUUCCCUGCAUUUAAACUUACCGACUGCUUAUUAAAAAAAAAAAAAAAAAAAUUGGGUUAUUUUUGUAUUUCAUGGGGAUUUUGGUGUUCCCGUUGAAAAAUGACCAGUCUACAUAAAUUGCUUAAAUUUAUUUUUGGUGUAUAUCGAUACCAAAUACCAGACUCAAUCUGAUCAACUUGUCAUCUUUGAAUUGGCACAGGUUUUGUGUCUUUCUGAUUGAUCAUUGAUCUCAGUUUGAGUGAACAUUGUCAAAAUGAUCCACAAAUAAUGCUUUUCACAGUCAAAAACCGAGAUGGAGAAACUGAUUAGUGAAGCCUGUGAUCACUCGGCUCCAAAAAUGUGUUUAAAUGAAAGUAAACAAAUUGAUAAAAACAUGAAAUCCAAGAUUUGGCGAUAUGAUAACAUAAGACUUCCAAGGAGUUAUAUAUAUAUAUACAUACAUAUAUAUUUUUUUAAAGCUGGUAAUUUUUUGACUGGAAACACAAAAUUGGCUAAAGGAUUUCCAUCACUAACUAAAUCUAACCGUGUGUCGCUCAGGAGCCGCUGGGUGGUGUUACAGGACAGUUCAUAAAAACAUCAGACAUGAACUACACCGAUGCAAACCACCUCUCAGUGCCCGCUCACUUUUUAGGUCAAAAUAGGUCACCAAUGAGAUUUGCUUGGGUCCAUAUAUUUUCUUUACUUCAGAAUCUGUGUCUAAAAGGGUAAUAUUUGAUGUAUUUGAGGUCUGAGAUGUGGGAACGCUGAAGAGAGAGGAGGGCAAUUAUUUUGCAUUUUAGGUCAGCAUUGCCGUCUAAUCAGCCAAUAUUGCUUUAAAUAGCCUGAACAGCACUUCAUCUUUUAUAACAUGGGAUUUUGACCAUAUUCCAUCUUGAUUUUUGUAAAAAAAAAAAUUGUAUGUGUGAAAAAUUAGUUUUGGACAUAUAAGGUAAUAAAAAAUAUAUUGUAAAAAAUACCUUAAAGUAACUACAAAUGAGCUUGUAAAACAAAUAUCUUUAAAAUAAACUGUGCAGGGCAUGCCCCCGAGUCACGCAAUCUUCUCA